UGUGGAUUCUAAAAACUGCGAGAGAAGGAACAACUUUUUAAGUUUUUAAUUUGGAGGUUGUGCUGUGAAUAUGUAAAGCAUGCCUAAAGAUGUUCAACAAUGAACAGCAGCAGCAAGGUCUCUUCAGUCCCACUAUGGACCCAAGAAUCUCCUUCUCCAAUGAUUUUGCAGACCCUCAUCAAGGUCUCAAAUAUGAGAGCAACUAUAGGGAAGCUCCAGUCUCUUCAGACUUCGAAUUCUCUGUCAAAAACUAUGCCAUGAUACCAGCAGAUGAGAUCUUCUUCAAGGGCAUGUUGCUGCCCUCGAAAGAUAAUAUCGGGACUGACCAAGGGAGAAAGCUGACUUUGCGAGAUACACUGCUUGUAGAUGAUGAGUUCCAGGACUCACUCCCAAGGUUGCACAAGGGUUCGGGCUGGUGGAAAGAGAGGUUGGGGCUCAAAAGGACUAACGUUGCAUCUCAAAAAGGGAAUAGGAAUGACCCAAUUCUUGAGAAAGUAGUUGAAGACAAAAUUAGUCCUACGUUUGUCUACCAUGAAGAUCUUAUCAGCAAACAACCAUAGGGAAGAGGCAUACGAGUGUAGUGGACAAGCACAGAUGAUGUGAUUGGCAAAUUUAAGGGGAUGGGAAAAUUUCCUUUGCUAACUGUAUAGGGUAACAACAUAAAAGAGGAAGAUUGGGCCUUUGAAGAGAAAAAUCCUGGCAAAUUUAGUCUUCAGAAGAGACUUCUCCUUCUCUUUUACUUCUUUUGUUUCCCUUGGCUUCAUUUUUAUUUUAUUUUUUUGUUUUUUCAGUUUAGUGUGAAGAAACACCCUGUCCCCUACUGAGUUUCCCAGGAAGAAGAAGUAGACUAGCGUUUUGUCCUUUUUUCCUUGUGGUUCUGUAUAAAUGUCAGCAGUUAAAGAUCUCUACAUAAGAAGAUCCACGUCGUCUAUUGCUUUGUU